AUACAGCGAAAAUCAGAAAAGCAGCAUACAGAAGAAGAAAUCUCGAAAGCACGGGAGGAGAAUGCAAGAACGGUAGAAAAAUAUAGCGAUGAGCUGGUCGAUCAACUUAAUCGUGAGAUUGAUGGCCUUUUGACCUUCGCUGGUCUCUUCUCGGCGAUUAUGUCUGCAUUCAACGUCGUCUCAUACACACUGCUUCAACCACCUCCGUCCGAUGACAAUAACGCUCUGUUCGCUCGCGUCCCCAUACAACGACAAAGCACUUCCCUCGGUCUUCCUGCCUUCACCCCCGCCUCAUGGACCAUCUGGGUGAACUCGCUUUGGUUCCCUAGCCUCAUCCUCAGUCUCUCCUCCGCGACAAUCGGCAUCAUGAUCAAGCAGUGGAUCAAAGAGUACAACACUGGGCUCUAUGGCAGCUCAAGUGACAUCGCACGGCGACGACAGUAUCGCCUCAACAACCUCGAUCGGUCUCGCAUCACCGUCAUCUUCACCCUCGUGCCCUUGCUACUCCUCAUUGCCGUCGCUCUCUUCAUCGCUGGACUUCUUGUGCUUCUUUUUCACACCAACGCCGUCGUUUUCGCGGCCACUGCGGCGUUCAGCGGCGUCCUUUUGGCAUUCAUCAUCGGAACUACUGUCGUGCCCUCUUUCCUUCCAUCAUGCUGCUACUUCUCGCCGCAAGCCCGCGCGUUCUUCUUCAUUUGGAAGACGGUGCUCCUCACC